GGGGAGUCACGAGCCUCUCCCGCUGGGAAAUUAUCGAUACGUGGCAGGAUUGUUUCCCGCCCACAAGUUAGCUACCCAAGGUAGUGCUGUGUAGUCAGUGCGAGCUGUCCUUUCCAACCAGGAUGAGCCUGCCGGCAAACCAACUCAAAGAGUCCAGCCAGGAGUCUCUACCGGCAAACCAACUUAAGGAGCCCAGCCAGGAGUCCCGGAUCAUCUGCUCUGAUCCGGACAUCGUUGUGGAGCUAAAUGUUGGGGGGCAGUUCUAUACCACCACCAUGGGCACCCUCAUGAAACACCCAGACUCCAAAUUUCCACAGAUAUUAUCCCGAUCAGCGAGACACUACAAAGAUGCACAGGGCCGCUUCUUCAUCGAUCGUCCUGGUACCUACUUUGGGCCCAUCUUGGACUACCUACGCACCGGGAAAGUGCCUACAGAGUACAUCCCUGAGGUGUACCAUGAGGCUAAGUUCUACCAAAUCCAUCUCUUGGUCAAGAUUCUGGAGGACAUGCCACAGAUCUUUGGUGAACAAGUGGCUCGGAUGCAGUUCCUGCUGGGAGUGCCAAACUACAGAGAGAACCUGGAGGUCCUGCUGCACCUGGCUCGGGCAGAGGCCGUGGCAAUGCGCUUAUCAAAGGUGGUGGUGUGUGUGGUGCACACAGAGGAAGAGGAGGCAAAGUGUGUGGAGCCGUUGCAUAUCUUGGAGGCCAAAAAGACACCUGUUGUCAAGUUUGGGCCCUGGAAGGCAGGCCCCGGGACGGAGGACUUUGUGUACUGCCUGGAGAAGGACAUUAGAGCCCAGGGGUAUAAGGUGUCCCCUCAGAGGUACCACCUGAAUAGGGACCCCUACACAUGCUUCUGGAUAUUCGUCUUCACUUGGUGGUGAUCCCUAGGAGUGGGGACUGUUUGUUAGGGGCUAUGGUGACUUGUAAAAUCACUUGUCAUCAAAAUCCAUGUUCUAAAUCUGAGCCUGUAGUUCCAGCACUUAGGAGGCUGAGAUAAGAAUACUAACAUGAGUUCGAGGCCAGCUUUGCAUAUAGGUUGAAACCCUAUUGAAAUGGCUCUGGAGAGAUCAGGCUAUCCUGACUCCACACCUGCUCCCCUCUGGAGCCACAUCCUGCCAGAACAAAGUAGCAUUUCUCCCAUCUUCUGAGAAAUGGAAUUUGUCAAAUGUUUAACAGAUCAAAGGGUUCCUCCUUGUUUUCUGGGAAAUAACCCUGAUUUAGAAACUUCCAUAGCCUGUGCUGUAAUUGUGACUUUGUCUUUAUAAACUCUGUGGUGCUCAACUUAGGGGCCAAGAUAUCUCUGUGGCCGGAGUCUAACAUCAGUCCCAGAUUAAAUAAAGGACUCUUAUUUAAUCUCA